AUGGCUACGACAUCGCUCCCAUUCCGGCCCCCGACCACCGACCCCGAUAAUUCAGCUCCUCCCUCUACGGCGUCGUCGAAUCUAUCGAAGCCUAACGGGCUACAACGGCUUCCUUCUUCUGAUUCUUUGACGAGACAAUCGCCGAAUACCUCCCAGUCAUCGUUGCAUCAUACUCUGGGCAGCGGCACGGCCCGAAGUUCGAAACAGCGGCGUUACAAAUCUCAGUAUCCUCUGGAUUCAGACGAGCAUCAUGUGGAAUAUAUCCUUGUCGCCUCGUUCCAUAUCGAUCGGGGCCCGAUAAUGGAACACCAAUAUCCCGCCCCCAUCAGCGGCGACGAGAGCAUGUUGGCGGAAUUGAUGCUUCCUGAUCAGACGCAUGUGAGAAGCCAGGAUUGGACCAUUUUCUUCUUGCACAAGGAUACAACGCCGGAGGAAGAGGAGCAAGCCCUUGAAGAGAAGGAGUCGAGGAAGAAAGCUAGGGCGACAGCCCUUGAUGAAGAUGACGAUCCCGACGGUAGUCUGAAUGAUGGCUCCGAUACGGCUGUCAGCGAGGCUGAAAGCAGUGACGAUGACGAAGGCAGCGAAGGGCCGCCGUUGAUGUAUGUGCUCAAUCUUGUAAAUACGAAGCAGGAUCAUACGGUCAAGCGAGGCGCUGUCGUCAAGGCCAUGGCGAUAUGCACGCGCCAUUCGUUUCUUCAUAUAUAUAAACCUUUGCUUCUUCUAGCGCUUGAUGAUUACUUUAAGAACCCAUACCCGGAAACUCUGGCUUCGCUUUAUAAUGCCGUUAAUGCCAUGGACCUCUCAUUGAUGCCCAAAUUCUCUCUCCUGGAACGCCAGUUACUGCAGGCCAGCGCUUCGAAGGAUAUGUUUAUCGAAAAGUUCGAGCGAAUGGUCGAGCAGCGGCUGGCCGACGAAGGAAUUCCAAACGAAAUACACUCUCCGCCAUCACCAAAGAGGGUGGUUCACCAUCGCUAUGCACUUCCCAGAGAUACUCACGAGUUCGAGUCCAAAGUUGUCUACCAUGACAUACCCAUUCCUGUUAAAAUACCAACCGUAAUUUGGCCGGAGACAGUGGGAGAUUUCUCUAUUAUCAAACUCAUACAGACUUUCACGACUUCACCGACUUAUCCAUUUCCCAUACAUCCUCACCUCACGACGAGUGGACCUUUCACUCACCCUAUUAUCGUUCUCAUCAACGCAAUGCUUACCCAGAAGCGAGUGGUGUUCCUCGGACAUAAUCGACCGUCAGGGGAAGUAGCCGAAACAGUCCUCGCUGCUUGCGCUCUUGCGUCUGGGGGCAUAUUGCGUGGAUUUACCAGGCAUGCAUUUCCCUAUACUGACCUGACCAAGAUCGAUGACCUGCUCAACGUCCCUGGCUUUGUUGCGGGAGUGACAAACCCCGCGUUCGCCAACCACCCCGAGUGGUGGGACCUCCUGUGCGAUGUCUCCACGGGUAGAAUGAAGAUUAGUAACCACAUUGAGCCAGCACCGGUGACAGAAGGGCUUUUGUAUUUCCAGCAACAGAGCUCGUUUUAUCCGCCUCCCUCUUCCUCCCACUCACAGGGUGACCCGACCGGAGACACCCAGUUUAUGCAAGACGUAUGGCAUAGCAUCACGAAUCGCCAUGGCGAGAAUACCGUCAGAGCGAAAAUGCGCGCGUAUAUAACCAAAUUUACCCGCGUUGCGGCUGCUUUUGAAGAAGCAGUAUACGGGGCCUCGAAUCUGCUGGUUGUCGAGCCAGGCGAAGAGGUCGCGCCCGAUAGUCCUAGCGGAGUCCAAGCAGAUCCCCUUGACCCCUCGAGUCUGAGCGGGCAUGGCUAUGUUUGGCCCGACGAACUGUCAAAACGACGUGAGCUUGCGGCUUCAGUGUCCAGGAUCGAAGGUUGGCGUAGUACACGGUCUUAUUUUGCAUAUAUCCAAGACAUUGUCUCCAUGUAUGGUCCUGCACGAACGAUAAAAUCGCUGGACCUACAUCACCACCACGAUCGUCUGCGGAUGUUGAAAUUACCCCAGACCGAUGCAGGCGCCAUUUAUACCGCAUUCUCGCAUGCAGUCAAGGAUUACAGCGGCAUCUGUCAGCUUCUGAUCGUUGCCCCAGAAAACCAGGCGGGUUUGUUCUAUCUCAGCAUGGGCCUGUUUCACCCGGAUAAAACAGUACGGGAGGCGACGGCGGAUCUUUUAGAGCGCAUCGCGGUGCAUCCUGCCGGCCGACACUUCUGGGCUCAAUUAGGCCGCUUUGCAAAACUGGCAUAUUUCCGUAUCAAACGGGAAAGAGGCGCUGCCCGGAGCCAGAGUACUGUUUCCAGCGACGAGUCAGGUUCGGCCGAACAACGCAGCCUUGUUGGCGUUGCGUUUGGAAAUCACUAGGGCUUUCCUCGAAGUCAAUCGAGUCUCGGUAUGACGCAUGCAUAUAUCCUUGGGCUUCUAACAGUAAGCCUAUUAUUAUCGAAUAAUGAAAUGAAUCUAAUCAUGAUGGUUAAUUGGAGAAUAUACUCUGGGCUUUUUUUGAACUAUUGGAUCUAUUGUUCUUGGAUUUCCUUUUGCCUUUGUUAAGAGUGAGCAUGGGUCGGAAUAUUGGCUUACUGCUGCUAUUUUACGAGAUCACUGGAUUGGCUUUGGCUUUAUCUUACAUCCACUGGAUUAUUGUGUGUCUUUCUGGCCUUCAUGUGUGGAUAAGCAUCGACUGCUGUCUUUUUUGUCUUACUACUUACUUCCCUGUAGAUCAAGGGAAACGGAUCCAUUUACUUUUUCAUCGAGCCGCAGAUCCUCUCCCCUUCGGUUGAGAAGUGAGCAGGCUCGUCAAUCUUUCCAUUUGCCCAAGACCUUCACGCACAAGCCACAGAGUUCAAUAGAUGCCGAUGCAUGAAUGAAAGUCGAUAUUAAGUCGAUAUUAAUAGACACCUUGGCGCCAUCUUUUUUUCGUGGAACGCUCUCGACCGAUCGGUCUGGGCUCACCCC